AUGAAUGGGAUUCAUUCCGAGUAUGCUGGUUCAAAAGAACCCCGGUUCGCAGCUCCAGCUCCAGCUCCAGCUCUAGCCUCUCCCCUCCUCAUCCGCACCUUCACCUCACGAAUGCCAGCCACUCUGGGGGAGACGGGGUGGGGGUGGGGGUGGCUAACCGCCCUGGUCGCGCUCUGUCCAACGACCACCAACCACCCCCCUCCUCCCGGGGACACCUACCUCUGGGACGGAUACCGCUAG